AUGGUGGCCAGCAGGGACGGACCCGGGCCUGGUGGAGCAGAAGCGGUGCUCCACACGCAUGGGGCAGGAGGACCAGGAGCAUCCAGAGGGGCCGAGCUGUUAGGGAGGAGCAGCCCUGAUGGUGGAGGGCAUGAAUUUAAGCGCGUUGUUCAUCACGCACCAGGGCCACCUCGACCUGCGGGCAGGGCACCUGGAGGGAGGCACAAUCCCCUUCUCAGCCUCUCAAAUGCGAAUGGUGGCACCCGGCAGACCCGGGCGCUGGGGACGUGGCAGCUCGGGGCACGCAGGUUGCCGGCUUGGCUCGCUUUUCCCGGCGAAGCUGUCCCUCGCCCGGGGAAAACUACAGCGCCCGUCGGCCCCUGCGCGCCGCCCCCACCUUUCCCGCCUCUCGCCGUUAUCGCCUGCCUCCUGUCAGCGAGGAGCCGGACCCGGCUCGCCCUAGAAGGGCUGCCGCCUGGGAGAAGCGGGGUGCUGCAGCUGACGGCCGCCUUCGGCGGGCGGCGGGGUGGAGCGGGGCGGCCCCGGCCCCCUUCAUCCCUGUCUCGGUCCCGUGCGGGGGAGCGGCGUCCCCGCAGCCUCCGCUGCCCCGUCCCGUCCGGUCCCGUCGCCUCUGCGGCUCAUGAGGUGAAGAUGGUGAUCCGCGUCUUCGUCGCCUCCUCCUCGGGCUCGGUGGCGAUAAAGAAGAGACAACAAGAUGUGGUGAGGUUUCUGGAAGCCAAUCGCAUAGAGUUUGAAGAAGUGGAUAUCACAAUGUCAGAGGAGAAAAGACAAUGGAUGUAUAAAAAUAUUCCUGAGGAUAGGCAGCCCGCGCAAGGCAAUCCACUGCCACCACAGAUAUUCAGCGAUGAUCGGUACUGUGGAGAUUACGAUGGCUUUUUUGAAUCAAAGGAGAGCAACACUGUCUUCUCUUUUCUUGGACUGAAACCUACUUUGACAUCAAAGGAGUCGGAGCCCUAGAAAGCCUAUCUGAAGUAUUGACAAGCACAUCUGGAUGAAUGACCCUGUUCUUCAGCACACAACAGCUUCCCUAAUGAAUCACUGUGAUAGAGCAAACAUGCAUCAUUAGUAGUAGUCUGCGUGCCAUGAGAUGGUGCUCUCCAAUAAUGUGGAGUUAAUAACACGUAUAUGAAACAGGAUUAAGGCCAGGCCACUCAUCUUCCUUUUUAAAAAUACUCACUGUUGAUGUUUCACUUUUGUCUUUGGAUUGCUUUUGCGGCUGGCACUGGUGUUCUGACAGGCACGUAUGUUUGAGAAUAAGGAGUGGAAUUGCAGGGCUUCUGUUGUUCAUGGAUAUACUUACAUAGUCAGAUUCCUUACCUCUUUUAAUUCUUCCAACUACUGUAGUUGAAAUUAGCUCAUCAUGAUAGUUAAAGUACUGGUGGUUAUUAGAAUGUUUGUGCUCACUAUGAUCCAGAAGGUAAAAAUCAUCAAUCUUAAGAUCUCAGUCUAAGCCAAUAACUGGUGUAUUUUUGCUCUACAUUCAUUUUUUUGUGAUGUUUAUGCUAGAUUAUGUUUAUUGUAAGAGACACGGGCUGCUAACGUUCAUGAAAACUUGAUCUGUCUCAUGAUGCACAUUGCAGCUGGCUGUUUAAAAAGAGUUGUUACCAUGGAGGAGGUGCCAAAGUGAAAUACUCUGACAUGGUUGCUCUUCCAAAUGUGGGUGAAAUGUGCAGGAAAACACUUGGUGGAAAAUACUGGCUAGUUCAGAAGAAGAGGUCUCAUAACUAAUGAAAAUAUUGUCUCUUAACUGAGAACAACUUUAACACCCAAAGUUGGAGCUCUAUAGUUUGGACUGUCUUAAAAUGAAAUUUUGCCAAAACCUUGAGUUUACCUUCAGUAACACGCAGCUCCACCAUUAGCCACAUGAGACUCAGAGGGGUACUUUGAGAGUCAGGGAUCAGUCCCAUACCAUGGUCCAGGAGCACACCUAACUCACCCAGCUGUUGUCCUGGUUAUAUCCCCAGGUGUGGAAAUGCGGAGGUGCCUCAAAGACAGUGAGAAAUCUGAGUGUGUGCUUUGAUGGAUGAAGCCACAGUCGUCAGCUCAGCUGAGGAACAGGAGCCAUGUAAAGGAAGUGGAGGUUGUUCCAGUGGGACUGUAUUGGUGCACAGAGCAGAACUUCAGCCCGUGACUUGCCAGUAACCAUUACAAAAUGCAUUCUAGACAGAAGUCAAAUUGCAUUACGCAUUUUGAAUCAAGUCUGGCUAUGAAAAUAAUAGCUAUGCUGUAAUGUAGCUUUUAUUCAAGUGAUUUCAUAAGGACAGGGCAGUGCCAUUCCAAUAAAUGUCCUUAUGUCUUUGUGUAAAUGAAAGACAACCAUUAUGUGGGAAAGCUUCUUUGCAAUCGCAGCAUCACUCAGACUGUGUGGCUUGACGGAAGCCAAACUUGUAAAGAGCGUCAGAAAGCAACACUGUCUGUGCAACAAAUCACACGUUCUGUUAAAAUCGGUAACCAUGGCAUCUGAGACGUGAUAGUUGGAAGGGACAGCUGGAGGCCAUCUAUCUGGUCCAGCACUGUCAAAGUCAGGGCUAACGCCAGCACUAACUCGGAUCAGAUACGGAUUUGUCUAGCAGACUGUUAAAAAUAUCCAAAGAUGAAGAUCUUUCAACCCUCUAUAUAACCUGUGCCAGUGCUGCAGUACUCUCCUAGAGAAAACUUUCUUUUAAUGUCCAGCCUCAACACCUAGGCUGUAAUUUGUGGCUGUUGCCUUUGCUGUGUUUUUUGGCACUCGCAGGAAGAGACUGGCACCAUCCUUUUUGUAACUGCCCUCAAUAUAGUUGUAGGCUUUAGCCUUCCUCUUAACAGACUAAACAAACCUGGCUUCCUCAACCUCUUCAUGGGCUGUGUGCUUUAGGCCUCUGGCUGCUUUGCUUUGGUGGAGGAUGACUGUUUCCAGUUUGUUCACAUCCCUCUUGGAGUGAGAGAAGGUCCCAAACCAAUAUUUCGGACGUGUCCUCACCAGUGCUGAGUAGAGGGGGGAUAAUAACUUUCCUCAGCCUGCAGGCCACACUUCUCCUGAAGUCAGCACACCGCAUGCUUUCCCCUGUUUGCAGUCAGUACAUUGCUGGCUUAUGAUCAACCUAGCCUUCUCUAAAAUCUACAGAUCCCUUCAGCAGGGGUAUUACUCUGUCAGUCACUUCCCAGCCCAUACUGGUGUUUCGCCAUCCCCAAGGGCAGACUUUCUAUUUGUCCUAUCAAACUUCAUGAGGUUUCUGUUGGCCCAAUCCUCAAGGUUAUUGCGGUGCCACUGGACUGAAGCUCUGCCAGCUGUUACCAACCACUGUACCAGGUUCAGGUGUCAUUCACAGAUCUGCUGAGGGUGCAUGCUAGGCUGUCAUCCAAGUCCCUGCUGAAGAUGCUGAACAAUAGGAGAACUGUAUUCUCUCAGAUUUUGUACAAUGGCUUAGUCAUGACUACAGAGGUAUGACGUGAACAAUGUUCAUGACUACCACUCGCUGGAGUAAAGAACAGGUUGUCUUCCUGUUUGCAUUGUCUCCGUGAUGAACUGCUUACAGCUGUGUGGCUUUUCCCUCUAGUUCAAAGGCAAGAAGGCUUUAAAGAAGGAGGCGUUAAAGGAGUCCAUCCAUAAAUCAGUUUCUCUUUGGAUCCUCUGAUGCCUCCUCAGCUCGGUUAAAGGGCUAGAUGGAGCAAGAGCACACACAGAUUUCAAGUCCGUGGUUGCAUUUACUGGUCAAAAUCUUAGCUACAGCACCUUCUCUAGAGGAGUCCUGAAUGGGAGUUGAUAACAUGUGUAUACGCAUAUGUAUAUACAUAUAUGCAUGUGCAUUUUUAAGAAUUAAGUUGUCUGUGUUAAGUGAUUGUGGCGUUCUUGUCACCAAUCCCGUAUUUUCAUGAGACUUGAAUCUCAUUAAAGGAAGGGAAUGUGACAGGAGGUGGAGCGGCCACACUGGACACCUUCAAGAUUUGGCUGGACAGGGUGCUGGGCCAUCUUGUCUAGACUGGGCUCUUCCUAGAAAGGUUGGACUAGAUGAUCCCUGAGGUCCCUUCCAACCCGUGAUUCUGUGAUUAACUUCACCAAGUUCAAUAUAACUAUUCCUGAACAAAAGGUUAAAGAAAAAUAUUUAUCCCUGCAAGUGAAUGCAGAUAUACAUUUACAUAAUUACACAGUUGAUUACAGAGAAGCCAUCCUGGAUUAAUCAUGUACUUGAUAUGUUGUAAACUUUGAGAACUGCCUGAAGUCCCGGUUUCGAAAAACUUACCUAAGUGUGUAAGUACGUACGCAUUAGGAAUCCUGGGCAAAAUCCCAGGCUUACUGAUGUGAAAGGCAAAACCACACUGAUUUCUCCAGGGGUGAAAUUAGUUUGCCGAAACUCCUUUUGAAUUUUGAUAAUUGUAGAAUAGAAGCCUCCUUUUCAGCGGAGAGCUAGUCCUGUUACAGCUGUUAGGUAAACCUAGCUUAUUUCAGAGCACGCAUGUGGGCAAAAUCAGUUGUAUGGAGAGCAACACCAGCUCCAAAGAUACCCUGCUUGCUUGCAUGGAUUGGCAGUGUAAGUCCCUUAGACUACGUGCUUUUGAAUUAUAAGUGGCUAGUUUUUAAACAAAGCAUAUAUGUUGCUCAAAUGUGAAUUUGGUCUGUUGUGCGACAGCCUUAUUUUUGUAAUUAAAGCAAGCAGAGUUCUAGUUUGUUACACAAGAAGAUCUGGAAUUUUUUAAACCAGUUUUGUAAUAAUGAAAUGCAACUAUCAGGUAACUGAAAAGGUCUGUGGAAGCUAGAGCCAUUUAUUGAAAGAAAUAGCAAAUUCUUAAUUCUGUUUAAAAUACUUGCAUAUAAAGGUAUGCUUGAGAACCACAUGAUCCCAGUUUUUAGCUAAUACUUGUAACUACCCCACUUUUUAAAAGGGAGAGCAGUGUGAAUUAAACUGUAAAUCUUUGUACCUAGCUAAAGUUGCUGUGUGGGCUGACGUGCACGCGCACAUUCACUGUAUCAGUGGCUUUGAUAGAGGUGUUUUUGUUUGUGCCACACACUACUGGAUAGUGCCUUGCCAGAAAGAGGACUGUUUUUGUAGGGUCUUCUUAGAUGUGCUUAAACUUUGAACUGAGAAAGGGGUAGUUUCUAGAUUGCUAUUUUUUUAAUAAUGCAGUAAAUUGAUUUUGAGGCCGGAGUCAAGAGACACAUGCUUUGUAAGGUUGAAUCAGUUUUUGACAAGUCUUCUGAACUCUUGAUUUUUCUUAGUAUGUCUUUAUCUUUUUUUUUUUUCCUUUCCUUUUUCUCGAAUGUCUAGAAUCAUUUUCCAAGGGAAGUGGGCCUGGAGUAAAGCCCCUGAAUCCAUGUUUAUUCUUUAAAAUGACUGUCUGAUUCAAGUAUUGAGCAGCCCAAGUGCUACCUCUAAAAUGAAGAGGAGCUACCAAGCUCUCAGUUGAUUUUCUGGUUGUCCCUCCCUGCCCUGUCCCCCCAAUCAGGCCAUUUAUUUAAGGACUCUAAUUCUGGGAAUACCAUGAUUCAGAAAUAGGACCCUGAGAUUUUAGGCAGAGCCUUGUGGCACGUCACAGGAGUGCAGGAGUGGGGUCAUCACCAGGAAAGUGCCAAAUCCCAUCAGUCUUCAGUGACUUGUCUCUCGACCUUGGCACGAGCAGUGGGAGGAGGAGGGAGCUCCACAUGUUCGCCCCACACAGAGAGCGGGAGUGGAAGACACGGUGCAGAAUGGCCCACGGCUUGUUGAUGGCACCCUGAGCCGCGGUCCUCGCAGAGGGCCUUGGCUAGCAGUACCAUGUGAGAAACCACACAGCGCUGCUCUCCACAGGCGUCCACCUGCAUCACGACCUAUCUGUCACCCUCUUGCUCCCUAAGGAAUUUGGGAGGAGUAAUGGAGAACAGCUUCUUGAGAACAGUCCUUCAGCCAGGGCAGAUCUGGCUUACUCUGUUCUUCCUAUUCUUUACCUCUUCCUAAUGUGCUUCGUCCUGUCCUGUGUAGUCCUACCUGCGUGCAAAGCUUCCACUCCCGACCAUUUGUAACAUCCCUGUGAGGUCGCAAACGCAGAGCUGGUGUUCACCUUCACAGCGUUGGUGUUUUGUGAGCCAGUGGGGGAGGGAGCACAUUGCAUCCUAGGCUAUGCACAUGUGGAGUUUUAAAUUAUAUAUUAAAAUUGUGUUAACCUAAUAAAAAAUGUAAUUCAAAAAAGA